ACCUUUCAAGGUCACCACUCACGUUUUUAUAAAUUCUUGGUGAGUAUGAUGGGCAUUUCGUGACGCACUCUGUAACUGGUAGUUCAGCAGUAUUAUUCACCAGCUUUUUCUUGUCCAGUUGUAAUUUUUUGUACUGGGCAUUCUGCUUUAACGGGCAUGUAUUCCUUAUAACUUUAAACUCAUGUGACCCGGUGGGGUCAUUAUUUUUCGUUUUUUAAUUGUUUCUAAUUCAACAUCUAUUCUCACUGAAAUCUCAUGUCGGUAGUAAAUUUUACGCUUUCUAAUGAUGAGCAAGACAGUGUGCCAUGCCCAGAUGCUGUUCCUUUGGCUGUUGAUAAACUGACAGAUCAUUCAAAAAGUAUAAUAAACAAUCUUAAAUCACAGUGCUCAAAAUUACUUUCUGGAAGCUGGUCUGAUACAAGGAAUUUCUGCGUAGAACCAUCUCGGAGUUGUGGUUUAAGCAAUUACUUAUAUAUUGGCUUUUUAAAAGAUGAUGUCAACUCUGCUAAAAAUGAACCGCGUAAAGUACUUAUUCGCGUGUACGGUGAAGUUUUGCGAAGUUGUACUGAUUCUAUCGUUUCUGAUUCAGUUAAUUUUGCAAUACUCUCCGAGAAACGUAUUGGACCCAAGUUGCAUGGUGUAUUUCCCGGUGGACGAAUAGAAGAAUAUAUUGAGUCAAGACCUUUGACAACUCAAGAGCUUCCAUUAGUGAUAGAUGUUGCUGCAAGACAUAUGGCUUGUUUUCAUAAAUUAUGUAUGCCAUUUUCUAAAACACCAUCAUUCAUUAUGAAAAUGUUAAGCAAAUAUCUUGAUCAGUUGACAGAUACUCCAGAACAUUUGCAUCGUCCACGACCAAAAUUAUCGACAAACACUUUAUCUCAAUUAGCAAUGGAAGGAUUUUCAUUCGCUAAUGAUGGACAUAUGCUAACAGAACCAUCGUAUGAUGAAGCUAAAAGUAUGGUUUAUCGAUUAUCUCUUAUUGAUGAAUUCAAUUGGUUAAAGAGGAGAAUUACAGAAUGUUAUGCUGAUUCAUUUCCAAUUGUAUUUUGUCAUAAUGAUUUUCAAGAAAAUAAUCUACUGCUGUUAAAUGAUCCAACAGUGGAAAAUGUUUAUCGUCUACUACCAAUCGACUUUGAAUACUCUGGAUAUAAUUAUCGUGGAUUUGAUAUAGGCAAUCAUUUUAAUGAAUGGUGUUAUGAUUAUACAAAUUCUAAUCCUCCAUAUUUUCAUCAUAAUUUUCAAAAUUAUCCUGAUCGUUUCAAACAGAAAUUUUUCUGGAACGCUUAUCUAACUGAAAAGAAUUCAGACUCGUCAACCGAACAAAAUAGUCGUAUUAAAACAGCGACAAAUGGUAACUAUAAAAACGGUGACCAUCAAGAUUCUAGUCUUAAUCCUGGUGAUUUUAACUAUCAUACCGGUGAUGAUAAUGAUGAUGAUAUUUUAUGGAUUGAAACAAUCUAUGGUUCAUUAUUAUCACAUGUGUUUUGGUCGGCAUGGUCACUUGUUCAAAGUCAGUUGUCUAGCAUUCAAUUCGAUUUUAUGGAAUAUGCCAAAGUUCGUAUGGACCAUUAUCAUUUAAUGAAAUCCUGGUUACCUUCAAAUCAUAGGUGAACAACUGUCUAAAUAUAGCACAUCAGAGUGUGCGCGUGUGUCUUGAUUUCUAAUCUCCUCUUUGUUUGGUUUGUUUGUCUUUUCACUUCAUCUCUUAAUUACUCAAUCAUCAAUAACUAAUUCUUCCUCUUUUUUGUUCGGAGAAAUGAACCGAUCAUUCAUCACAUAGCUACACACUACUACUAUUCAACUAAUCAUUUUUGCUUAGAUUACUUUUAAUUCUACAACAGUGUUAUAGUGUUGAUUAUAUUUCUGUAAUUUUUUUUAUUAUAAGAACAGAAAAUGUAGUCUCUGUGAUACAAUAUAUACAUGCAUAUACAUUUUUUUCGCAAGUGAUUAGAUAGUCGAAAAAUCAAUAAAUGAUUCUCCAACGCAUUGAGAUCACCUGUGUUUGUGUGUGUUGAUUCAAUUACACUAGAAUAGGUCACUGGUGUUGUUGUACCUGACUGUGUUGUUCAGAAUUGAGUUGUAUUGUGUAUCAUUGGAUAUAUAUAUUUAACUAUGCACAAUAUACCCGGUACAUACACUUUUCUAUUUUCAUAUUUCUGAAUAAUGUGUAGUUCCUCCUAUCCCCUGUAUAAUUAAUUGGCUAGCUUUUAUUAUGUCUCCAAAUGUGUACUUUACCCCCCUCCCAACCCACCCCAUCCCCAACUACUACUACUACCCUACUGCUACUCAUGUCUUUGUUUACUUUUCUUGUUAUCCUUCUUCCUUAUUCAUCAGUUUUUUGUUUUGUUUUAUUUCUUAACAUAUACUAACUUAUAAAUUAUUAUUUUUGAUAUAUACAUACAUACAAGUAUUUAUUGUCG